CGCUUCCCCACGGUCUGCCGGCGAACAAGUGAACAUCGACGUUGAGGGAUCCGCUCUGGCUUUGAGGGGAAAUCUACGAGAGGAAAUAAAUGUUUCUCGGUGGCAGACACCAUGCAAUAAUCCUCAUCUUACAACCAUGAAUUCCCGUAUCCCAAGAGCCUGUUUGGCGCGUGCUGGCCGCUCAUUAUCAUUAUCGUCAGUCUGCCGGGUUGCCCCACGACGAUGCUUCUCGAGAGCCCCUCAACGAUCGGGCGAGCACAAGGAUGAUCGACUGCGAUUCCCUGGUGCACUGGAGGCCAAAUUUACCACCGACUUGAAUUUCCAUAACCCGAAGGAUAAUGACGUUAUAUCGUGCUACAGGGUCAUGGACAGCGAGGGCGUCAUUGUCGACAAGACCUACAAACGAGACUUCAGUGAUGAAGAGGCGGUAAAACUGUAUACGGAUAUGUUGGGAGUGAGCAUAAUGGAUCUUAUUUGUCUUGAUGCUCAACGGCAAGGUCGUAUUUCAUUCUACAUGGUGUCCAGCGGAGAGGAAGGAAUCGCAGUGGGCUCCUCCUCCGCCCUAUCCGUCGAAGACGUAGCCUUCGCCCAAUACCGCGAAGUCGGCUUCCUGAUGCAACGCGGCUUCACCUUCACGGACGCCAUGUCCCAGCUCUUCGCCAACAUCAAAGACCCCGGCCGCGGCCGCAACAUGCCCGUCCACUACGGCAGCACCGCCCUGAACGUGCACACCAUCUCCUCCCCCCUAGCCACCCAACUGCCCCAUGCUGCUGGCGCCGCAUACGCCUUGAAGAUGCAGCACUUGAGCAGCCCUAAGUCCACUCCACGCAUCGCUGUCUGCCUCUUUGGCGAGGGCGCGGCGUCAGAGGGUGAUUUCCAUGCUGCGUUUAAUAUUGCGGCUACACGCGGAUGUCCUGUGCUCUUCAUCUGCCGCAAUAACGGGUAUGCGAUUUCCACGCCGACGGCGGAUCAGUACCGUGGCGAUGGAAUCGUCAGCCGUGCUGCGGGUUACGGUAUCAACAGUAUCCGUGUCGAUGGAAACGAUAUCCUCGCUGUGCGAGAAGCCACCAAGAGGGCCAAGGAUCUCUGCCUCGGCACAUCCGACGGCGGCGAGGCGAAGCCAGUCUUCAUCGAAGCGAUGUCCUACCGCGUGUCCCACCACAGCACAUCCGAUGACUCCUUCGCCUACCGCGCACGCGUGGAAGUCGAGGACUGGAAGCGCCGUGAUAACCCAAUCACGCGGUUCCGGAAGUACCUCGAGAACGAGGGGCUGUGGGACGAUACGAAGGAGACGGAGGCGCGGUUGUCGAUCAAAAAGGAGCUGCUGAAGGCGUUUUCGGCGGCGGAGAAGGAGAAGAAGCCGGAGAUUUUGAGUAUGUUUGAGGAUAUCUAUGAGGAGUUGACGCCGGAGCUGAAGGCGCAGAGGGCGGAGUUGAAGGAUAUUUUGGAGAGGUAUCCGGAUGAGUAUGAUUUGUCCGAGUAUGACAAGGGGAAGGACUCGUUAUAGGAGUAGAGAUGGGGUAUAUAUUAUAAGUUGCUUGACCGAAUAAACAUUACUACACAA